UUUUUUUUUUACAUAAAUAGGAGGACGGAGACAUACGCACUAUGUAAAUGACAAACUUGUUUAAUUGCAGAGCUUCUCAACACAGAAUCUAUGGAGUCUGGUCUAAGAUUCAUCUGCAGUCAUAUUUAAAAGGCUUAUUUCUGAUCUUUUAUCCAUAACCUAGACAUAUCAUCUCUUAUAAAUUUUCUUAUAGGAGCUGAAGCUGAAGCGCUCCAUAUUUAAUUUUAUUUCUAUAACAACAGCAGACUUGAUGGAUAAAAUGGACAAUGGUGGCCUCACUGAUAAUAUAGGUUCCCAAAACAAGCUGAACAUGGAAACCAAAGCUACAGUUCUACAAAAAGAUGUAGGUCUGAUAAGUGGGAUCUGCUUGAUUGUGGGAACGAUGAUUGGUUCGGGAAUCUUCAUCUCUCCCAAGGCUGUGCUAGAGGAAACAGGAGCAGUGGGACCAUGUCUGUGUGUGUGGGCAGCAUGUGGUGUACUGGCUACUCUUGGGGCUCUUUGCUAUGCAGAGCUUGGCACCAUGAUAACAAAGUCAGGAGGUGAGUACCCAUACCUGAUGGAGGCUUUUGGACCUAUUCUUGCCUACCUAUACUCCUGGACAACCAUCUUAAUACUGAAGCCUUCAUCACUGGCAAUCAUUGCCCUAAGCUGUGGAGAAUAUGCCUCCACACCUUUUUACCCAGGGGGCACCCCACCGGAUAUUGUCAACAAAUGCCUGGCUACAGCCUCCAUCUUGUUGCUCACACUAGUGAACUGCUUAAGUGUGAAGCUAUCUAACUAUGUACAGAAUUUCUUCACUGCAGCCAAACUCCUCAUCAUUGUCAUCAUAAUGGUUUCAGGCAUUGUUAUGCUGGCCAAAGGAAACACACAUAAUCUGCAAAAUAUGUUUGAAGGAGGAACAACUUCAUUUAGGGCAAUUGGACUUGCAUUUUAUAAUGGUCUUUGGGCAUAUGAUGGAUGGAAUCAGCUGAACUUCAUUACAGAAGAGUUGAAAGACCCAUAUAGGAACCUUCCCUUGGCCAUCAUUAUCGGUAUUCCUUUAGUGUCAGUGUGCUAUGUGUUGGUCAAUAUUGCGUACUUCAGUGUCAUGACACCUACAGAGCUACUUCAGUCUUCUGCUGUUGCCGUGACUUUUGGGGAUAGAGUGCUGUACCCACUGUCCUGGGUGGUGCCAUUGUUUGUGGUCUUCUCCACUUUUGGAGCUGCUAAUGGAAGUUGCUUUACGGCUGGAAGGUUGACUUAUGUGGCUGGACGUGAAGGACAUAUGGUGAAGAUUCUUUCCUAUAUCAGUCUGAAACAUUAUACACCUGCACCAGCACUCAUUUUUAAUGCACUCUUGAGUGUCUGCUAUGUAAUUCCAGCAGACAUCAAUUCUCUCAUUAAUUACUUCAGCUUUGCUCAAUGGGCUUUCUAUGGGCUCACUGCGCUUUGUCUCAUCGUCAUGCGCUUCACAAAAAAAGAAUUACACAGACCUGUGAAGGUUCCCAUAGUUAUCCCUGCUGUGGUGGUGGUUGUUUCAAUUUACCUGGUUUUGGCUCCAAUCAUUGACAAACCUGAGCUUGAGUAUCUGUACUGCACAGUAUUCAUCUUGGGUGGACUGAUUAUUUACUUCCCCUUUGUGUACUACAAGUUCAGCUGGACCCGCAGAAUCAUGAAUCCGCUCACCCUGCAUCUUCAGCUGCUAUUGGAAGUUGUGCCACCCGAGAAGAUAGAGUGAAGAAUAUCAUGAUUAAAAGGAACAGCUACUAUCCUAUGAUGACUGAAUAAUAAUUAUAUUGUUUUAAAAAGGAAUCAUUAAAAAUGAUAUUAAUAUAACUACCAGAGUGUUUUUCCUGAUUAAAUCCAUGGGCCUUAUUUGUCAAUCUUAAUCUUUGUAAAUUUUUGGUAAAACAAACAAACAAACCAAAAAAAUUAAAAAUAAAAUUAGCAGAACAUCUACUAUUUUAAAAUAGUUUUAACUGUUAGUUGUGGAAUUUGUUUACAUACUUGUGCCUUUGCUCAGACAGACCAGACCAGCCUCCACUUAUACAGUACUGUGGUAUUUCUUUUUCAUCAUUGUAUGACUUAAUUUAUGACUGCUCCCUGAAUGGAAUAAAUUUUUGAUAGAAACUACAAAGUACUUCUAUAAGCUGGACUGGAGCAGGAUGUCUGCUAAAUGCUAUAAUGCAAUAAAAAAUAAAUUUACGCACCACAGUA